UCAAAACGUUAUGUAGACGUCACUUCAAUUCCAUUCCAUUCCCAGGCUAGUCUGUGUAAAUUUAAGCAAAUAGGCUAUUUGAUAGAAGUAAUACCAAAAAUACGUCCGCAUAUUUCCUAAGUGAACAUAGCUACAACAUUUACUGAUUAACUCCUAGUUAUUUGGCUUUGACGGCUUCGUGAUCGUGCACGGUCUGCCAUUGUGCAUUUUGGCGCUCGCUUUCUCGUACGGCGAGGCAAACAAGCAAGUCGUUUGGGGAGGGGAAGCGAAAAGCCCAGCAACAGCGUCAAGAAAACGAAUCAGUAAACCGCUAAAGCUAGCACGGGUUUUAUUUCAAACUUUCCAUUUCCAAGUUGGGACGUGCCCCUUGUUAACUCAUUUGAGGUACCGCUACCAAAUCAUGGGAAAGAAGACUCGUGAAAAUGAUGAUGACGCCUCGGGCUCAUCUUCAGAAGAGGAAGAAUUUAUUGUGGAGAAGGUGCUGGACAGAAGGACGGUGAAGGGCCGGGUUGAAUUCUUCCUUAAGUGGAAAGGUUAUUCAGAAAAACACAACACAUGGGAGCCAGAGAAGAAUCUCGGUUGCCCCGAGCUCAUUGCUGAGUUUAUGAAGACUUACAAGAAGCCUAGCGGCGGUGCCACCCCCAGCGGCGGAGGAGCCAAGUCCAGUGCGGGAUCAUCAGGCCGUAGCAAGGAAGGCAGCAGCAAGAGGAGAAACUCUGACGAUGAUGAGGAGGGGAGCAGCAAUAAGCCCAAACGGAAAAAAGAGGAUGACGUCCUGAUUGCGAGAGGCUUUGAGAGAGGUCUGGAACCAGAGAAGAUUAUUGGAGCCACAGACUCCUGUGGAGACCUCAUGUUCCUCAUGAAGUGGAAGGACUCUGAUGAGGCAGAUCUGGUGCUGGCCAAGGAGGCCAAUCACAAGUGCCCGCAGAUCGUCAUAGCUUUCUACGAAGAGCGCCUCACCUGGCAUGAAGACGGGGAUAAGAAGGAGAAGGGCGCUGUGAGCAUUGUACAGGUUAAUGUCCCUGAAUAACAAAGAGCCCAAUCUAGCCAUUUUACACACAAACUGAGAAGGAUGAGGGAAGACUGCGGGUUUUGGAGGUGGUGAAACAGGCUGGCUGCGCUCGCUUCUGGGGACGGCUUGUCUUUCCUCUUGCUUUAUUCCCUUUCUAUAUUUUUUUAAGUACGAUUCUUGAUUCUGUGGUACCCUGUCUAGGUACUGGCAGCCAUCUUAAGGUGACUUGAAGGUAGCCGUCUUAACUAAUAGGUAACGUUAAUGUGGCCACAUCUAUCAAAGCAUGGUCCAGUGCCCUGUAUGAAAUUCCCGCCUACUUCCUGAAUCAUGUACUUGCAGUUUUUGAAUGCGAUUCAAGAGUAAAUCAUGAAAAGGUUAAAAAAAAGAAAGGUAUAUUUUUAUUUUACGAGGCAAGUCUGUUACGAACAAAUUCUUAUUUACAAUGACGGCCUACCCCGGCCAAACCCUAACACGGACGACGUUGGGCCAAUUGUGCGCCGCCAUCCUACGCAUAUAUUUGUUUACGUGGAUUAAUUUACUUCUACCUUCAUGAAAGCCAUCAGUUCGGCGUAAAUGAAUCUACUAAUAUGAUUUUACAUGUAUCUUUAAGCCCUUUUUCAUGUAUUUGAUGUACUCGGGAAUCCCAUUCAAAAACGGCAUGGGACAUGAUCCAUAGCGGAAGUAGGGGGGACUUUCAUAGAGCAUUCACAAAUCGAGCAUCUCAGAGUAGGAGAGUUGAUCCACCUGUCCGUAUAUUCUUAUUCAUUGUUAUCUAAAAGGUCCAAAAAAUAAAAUGAUCCUAGAUCGGGCACUCUGGUGGAAACUUUGAAUACGAGCCCUCGACAUGUUUGCCCUGGGAAGAUGACAGUCUUCCAAGUCUUAUCAAACCUCGACAAUAACAGUAGUUAUGCCGUAGAUAAAAUAGUUUUAUCGUACUCUGAUCACCUUGGUAGAAAAUCUGCUUAUUUUUUUGUUCAGUAGUUUUAGUCCACCUUCUUGAUGUUUUAAGGUCAAUAUUGUCCCCUCCAAGUACUUCAUGACAUGUUUUAUUUCUCCAAUUCAUCACUAGUACUGUGGCUGGAAUAAGUUUUUUUUGAAUGACCUACAUUUUAAAAUUUGAACUCUUUUGUCCAUCGGCUUCUGUUAUGUAGCUGUUCUGUAGGUCAAGUAAUCAUGUAGCUCUGAUUCCAUUGCUAAGAUCAUGAACAUAUUUAGUCGGAGUAGCUGCUUUUUCCUAACUUGAAAUUGGAUUCUUCCGAUUACCCUUUUUUUUUUUUUAUCAGACAAUUUUAUCACCACAACAAGCACAAUGGAGCAAAUAUUACAGAUGCACAGACGGGCCACUUCAAAAGUUGUACCCAAAUGUUUCAAGCCAUCUUUAUUUGUAAAUGUGAAUGAUAUUAUCACAGCAGUGCUGAAUUGGAACCCGGCCCUUAGAUCAGAAGUCAGUUGACAAUCAGCAUGCCACAUGCUCUGCAGUAGAAAGUGACACCAUACAAGCAUACUGAUUGAUUUGAUCAAGGUAUGCCACCCUGGGGCUAAAUGGCUCGGGCCGACGUGUCCUGCCCAGUCCCCUGCAUGAGAGAAUAGGAUAAGGCAGAUCGGGGCUUACCUCCAGACAGUGUUCCUUCUUGGGAAUGCUUAUCUAUUUGAACAUUUUUAAAAUCCCCCGUCAAUGAUUUUUGAUUUAUUUUGAGUAUUAAGUGGUUAAAUCCACACCACCUACUGAGUAUUUGUUCCACUUGUAGAAAGAUCAUUUGUCCUGACCUGGAUAUCUAGUUUUAUCAUCCCUGUUAAUGCUAAAUACUGAAUGUUGGGAUGAUGUUAUCCACAUCAUUGACUUCAUAUUACAGGUUUGUUUUAACUACCUAUUCUGUCCAUUUUGGCUUUCCACCCCUUGUGUUGAAUGUAGUAAUGAGAGCAUUGAGUUUGUGUUCAAUGAUAUAUCCAAAUGUGUGGUAAAAGAGCAAGGUUGUUUAGUCACAGAAUAGAGGCAAAGUAUUCCAGUAUAUUUGUAGCCUAUACCAUUGAGUUGAUGAUGGACAGAGUGCUAUUGCUAUGUAUUGUGAUCAAAUAUUCUCGUAUUCAAUUUGUGAUGUUUUCCCACUCAAAAAAAAUUACAAUUUAAGGAGCAACUGAGUCCUGAGUUGUCUUGUCACUGUAGUAAUAGAAACAAGUGGAAGAUAACUUGGAUAUCCUUCUCUCUUCAGAACCAUCUCUGUUUAGGACAAAUGUAACGGUUGUCUGUUAUUCAUUUUUAUUUAUAAUUACUCAAAAGAUUUUCAUUUGUAGUCCAUUUUUGACCCUUUUCUUUUUUUCAAAGUGUUUCACGUUUUGGUGUAUCUCACCAAUUUUUAUUUUAUUUUUUUAAUGCUCUGAAAUUUGGGUUUUAUAUGUAUUGUAGUAAACUGUUUUCAACAUUCAA